AUGAAGGACAGGGAGACUCGCGAGAGCAAGGGGGUGGCGUUUGUGCUCUAUGUGCGUAGAGAAGACGCUCUUAAAGCGGUAGCAGCGAUGCAAGGGAAGCGUCUGAACGGCCGGACGCUCAAAGUCAGCAUCGCCAGCGACAACGGCCGCGCUGCUGAGUUCAUUCGACGCAAGGAGUACAAGGACAAGAGCCGCUGCUACGAGUGCGGGGAUGCAGGCCACCUGUCGUACGAAUGCCCCAAGAACCAGGUCAGAACCAGGUCAGGGGAGGGGCUUGCUCUGAUGCUGUACUUCCCCAUCAGGUUCGCCAUCAGGUUCGCCAUCAGGUUCGCCAUCAGGUUCGCCAUCAGGUUCGCCAUCAGGUUCGCCAUCAGGUUCGCCAUCAGGUUCGCCAUCAGGUUCGCCAUCAGGUUCGCCAUCAGGUUCGCCAUCAGGUUCGCCAUCAGGUUCCCCAUCAGGUUCGCCAUCAGGUUCGCCAUCAGGUUCGCCAUCAGGUUCGCCAUCAGGUUCGCCAUCAGGUUCGCCAUCAGGUUCGCCAUCAGGUUCCCCAUCAGGUUCCCCAUCAGGUUCCCCAUCAGGUUCGCCAUCAGGUUCCCUGUGCUGCACUGGCAGAGCCUACAAACGGCUGGAACGUCAACGGGAGCACCCCACGGCUUGAAGCUGUCGCUCAAGGGACCGAAGAAGCAUCGAGGCUACUUCAGCGAUGAGAGUGCACAACAAGAGGAUGCUUUCUUGUUCCAGCCCGCGUUUACAGAUUCCCAUGAAAUGCUAGCAGAACCAGAAAUGAUAUUCGCGAAGAGGGAUGGCGAACAGGAUAACAGUGGUGCCGUAGGCGCGCAGGUUGAUGCUGCGACCCGUCUAGCAGAUGAGCAACGCGCCUACGACGACCUUAAAGCCCUCCUAGACGCCACGAGCGCCACGGCGAGUGCUUUACUUCAUAACCCCGACGCGAAGGAAGGUCAGGAAGGUCUCGCGUCCGCUGGCGGCGUUCGGGCCGGUGCGGGGAUUGCAUCAAGCGGCGGAUCUCUUAGCGACCCGCACUUGGCGCUGCAGCAGCUUCAGUGGCUGGAACGCGCGUCGUGCGCUCUCACUAAGUUCCUUCCCCUUCUAGCCACGAGUAUCCGUGACGGCGUUACCACAAACAGCGCCGCGAGCACGAGCGCCAAAGCGCUUGAGAAGACCGACAAGGGGGAGGCAGCAGCUACCGCCGGCUCGCCGGGUUUCGUUGCACAGAUGCUUGCUGCCAUGUCACAGCCGGAAGGCGCCGUGGAGGGAGCAGACGCGUCGGACGAGCCGCCGUCGCAGCAGCAGCGGAAGAUAGCUGAAGAGGAGGAGGACGCGGCAGCGCUGUUCCAGAGCCUGCAGCGCGACAUUGGCAUGGCACCAGGCGAUGAGGGCAGCGACUCCACCGUGCUACAGCCGCUACAGCCGCAGUCGCUGCCACCAGUGGAUUCUGUAUGCGCAGGGGACAAUUGCAUCAGUGAUGCACCAGUGGAACUUGGUGCGGCUGCUUUAACAACUCCAGCGUUUGCGUUCCCUAACGGCUCUGCAGCUUCUGUGGCCGACAAAGUCAACGUCAGCGCACCAGAGCCUCUCUCUUUCCAUCAAGACAUGGCUGAUCACAACAGCAUGUACAUGGAGAAGGAAGCUGGGCUCCCAGCUGCUGCGCUGCUUGACAGCGUGCCAUACGCCAUGCUUGCAGGAGACUCUGGUUCCCUGCUUGGUUCUGCUAUUCAGAAUUUUCCUGUGCCAUAUCUGGUGAUGGAACACACUCAGCCUGAGCUCCCGCACGUGUCAUCUGCUGCAGUGGCGACGUCGCUGCUUGCACACCUGGCUGGGUCCCAUCCUUCCAGCCCAGCAUCGGAGACCUCUUCUGCGCCUGUUGUCGAACCUGCUGCCCUGCUUCCUCGUUACAGAGGACCUCACUAUAAGGGAGUACGCCAGAGAAGGUGGGGACGCUGGGUUGCUGAGAUUCGCGAGCCGCGCAGGCGCAGCCGCAUUUGGCUGGGCAGCUACGAUGAGCCUGAGGAUGCAGCCCGAGCAUAUGACACGGCUGCUCGACUCCUGAGGGGCAAAAAAGCCCGCCUGAAUUUCCCUGCAAGCAAUGCUUCUGCACCGCUUCCACAUGCUGCUGCGGAAGCUGUGCUUCGCGCUCUGAGGAGGAUGCAAGAGACACAGGAACCGCCCAAAGGUUCAAUGCUUUAA